UUGGACCGCCACCUGUUGUCGAUCAACCGAACUCAUUGUGCUGCACUUUUUUCUCUAUUUUUUUUUGAUUUUUUCUAAUCAACAAUCAACAUUAGAUUCUUGAUUUCCUCAGAUACAAGUGUUUCUGUGUAUUGUUUUGUUUGAUUUAAUUCCGUGAUGACUCAAGUAAACGUUUUCACCAAUGAACCAGUUCCUUGUCAUUCAUUUUCACCUGAUAGAUCAAAAGUAGCAAUAUCUCCAAAUAACAACGAAGUGCACAUAUACAAAAAGGAUAAUUCCAAAUGGAUUCAAGAAUCCAUUUUAGCUCAACAUGAUCUUAGAGUAACUUCCAUCGACUGGGCUCAGAAAACUAACAAAAUCGUCAGUUGUAGUGCCGAUAAAAAUGCUUAUGUAUGGUCUCUUAAUGCCGGUGUUUGGAAGCCAACAUUAGUCAUUUUAAGAAUCCACAGAGCAGCAACAGUUGUCCGAUGGUCACCAAACGCGGAUAAAUUUGCUGUCGGCUCGGGAGAUCGAACCAUCUCAGUUUGUUACUUUGAAGAAGCCAAUGACUGGUGGAUAUGUAAACACAUUAAAAAGCCAAUCAAAUCAACCGUUACCUGCCUUGAUUGGCAUCAUAACAAUAUCCUGCUUGCCUGUGGUUCAACUGAUUACAGAGCCAGAAUUUUUUCCGCUUACGUGAAAGAGGUUGACCAAGCCAAUCCAGAGCCAAGUGAAUGGUCAUUAAAACAACCCUCAUCAACUGGACAUCUUAUCGGUGAAUGGACCACUGGUGGAGGAGGAUGGGUUCAUGGAGUCUCCUUUUCCCUAGAUGGAUCAAAAUUAGCAUGGGUCUCUCAUGAUUCUUCAAUAUCAAUUGUGGAUGCGAAAAAAAAUCAAGCCGUUAUAACUGUUAAAACUCCUGAUUUACCCUACUUAACUUUAAUUUGGUCCUCCAAUCGUUACAUUAUCGCUGCCGGUCAUGACUGUUGUCCAAUGUUAUACAAAUAUGAUGAAAAUAGUGGAAAACUAGAAUGUGUCGAGAAAUUAGAUAAAUCGACCAAAAAAGAGACCGAUGGUUUCAGCGCAAUGAGAAAAUUUCGUGAAUUGGAUAAAUUUGCAAUUAGUCUAAAUGAUCACCAUACAACGACAUCAAGUAACGAAUCAACCUCGGACACAAUUCAUCAAAAUAGUAUCAAAGAAAUUCGAGCUCAUUCAUUAUCUAAAAAUGGUUCAGGAGUCGAAAGGAUAUCAACUGUUGGCCUGGACGGAAAAAUGGUUUUCUGGGACACUAGUCGCUAUAAUUAAUGUUGACAUAAAGAACCGAUAAAAGAAAAUGAAACAAGAGAUGAUAAUGAUAAUUUUAAUUAUGUUAACUGAUAAACACAUUGGUAAAAGCUUAAACAAAAACCACAAUGAUACAGAUAAACAACUCAAAGCCAAUCGGAAUUGAAUCAACAUGAACCACCACAGACGAGAAACAACAAAGAAAAUUAAUUCCACCGUUACCAUUUGAAUAUACAUAUAUUUUUUUUCCUUACUUUUUCUUCACAAUAGCUUGUCACAAUCUCUCUCACUCCUCAUCUCACCCUCUCUUCCUAGUGGUAUUGUCCAUCUCUCCCUCUCCCUCUCCAACUCCCUCUUCCUCUCUCUCAAUCUUUAUUUCUGCCCAGAAAGAAUCAGCUGAUCCACAUGAAGGAUUUGAUUUUUUCACGUCUUUGACUUUUUAUUACAUCAAAGACACAACCAUUUGCCAUUGGAUUUAAAACCAAUGAUUGUGAUUAAUACCAACAAUCUGAGGAUUAAUUAAUCUUUCUCAUUAAUUUUCCCCCUUUUUUUCUCAUCUUACUUUUCUUUCUUCAACUUUCUUAUUCUUUCCAUUCUUCUUUUUCUGUUCUCAACAUCCUAAACAUGUUGACCCAUUGUUUUCCCACAAUUAAUGGUCAAAUUUAACAAACAUACUAUUUAAUUGUUGCUAAUUUAGAGAUGAAAUUAAUGAACUAAAAAAAAGUAAUGAUGAGAAAGCGAGAAAAAAAAGCAACACUAAAGGUUAACAAAACAUUUUUUAAAAUUCGUUAUAUAAAUAUACAAACAAAAAUGGAAA